AUGACUAAAAGUAUCGCCCAUCUAUGCUGCUAUGUUCUGCUUCUCGCCUUUGUUGCCGAUGCUGAUAAUCAGCAGCGCACUGAUAACGCGAUAUCCGAUGAUGAAACAUUCCUAACCGCCGAGGAUCUCAAAAUUGGCGAGAUUUUGGCGAGCAAACCGAUGGCCGUACCAUCAGCUGAUUCAAAGGCAUUGUAUUCAAACAGUCUCUUCGAAGGAGACAUAGUAAAUCCUUACGUGGAAGCAGGUGCGUUAGGGAACGCCACCUCAAUGGGCUCCUUGUAUGGAAAUGCUCUGCGGGAUCUCAGAUUGAGAUGGAAAGGUGGAAUCGUACCGUUUGUGAUUUCGAAGAGCUAUACCGCUGAUCAGAGAGCUGUUAUCGCUGCUGCUAUAGCCGAUUACCACAAAUACACCUGCAUUCAAUUUAGAGAUAAGAGAGAGGAAGAUAAAAAUUACAUCAGCAUCAAGCCCCUUGGUGGGUGCUAUUCGCAAGUGGGUUCAACAGGUGGUAUGCAAGAGUUAAGUCUUGGAGAUGGAUGUGUCUACAAGGGAAUCGUCAUACAUGAAAUGAUGCAUGCACUUGGCUUCUUUCAUGAGCAAAGUCGUACGAAGAGAGAUAAAUACGUGGAAAUUCUCUUCGAUAAUAUCCAUGACGGAAUGGCAUAUAACUUCGACUCAUACGAUGCCUCUGAAAUUAGCGCUUUGAAUAUCAAAUACGACUAUAACUCCAUAAUGCAUUANUAUUACGAAUGCAAAGGAGAUUAUGCAAGAACACCGAAAAUAACGCACUGUGAUGAUGAAUACGGUAAUUGCGAAAUUAAUCGUAAGUACUGUAGCAAUGAAGGGAUUAAAAAAGGGUGUCGAAAAACAUGCAAUGUUUGUUAG